AUGGCAGAAAAUGACGAUCAAGAAGUCAGCUAUGCUCUGAAAGUCUUAGUGACUGGUUUUGGGGCAUUCCAGGACAUCAAAGUCAAUCCAUCGUGGGAAAUUUGUUCGCAAUUACCACCGUACAUCUCGUGGAGGGGCCUUGAUAUUCAGAUAAUUACGCCUCCCAAUCCUCUAGAAGCAGCCUAUCACACCCUUCUCAGUGUCGUUCCACCGUUACUCGAUGAACACAAACCAGAUAUAGUUCUACAUAUUGGCCUGGCAGUUGAGCGUGACUAUUUUGCAAUUGAAAAGGGAGCGGAGAAGGAGGGUUAUCAUCAGUAUCCAGAUGUCCGGCGCAAGGUCUUCACGAAAGCAGAAACCAAGAAGAUAUGGGGCAAAGGUUCUGGCCGAUUGAACUCGUCUAUUUCUAUUGAAGACGUGGUCGCAAGAUGGGCGAAGAAUGCCCCACAAGGGCUCGAAGUCAAGCAAAGUGACGACGUUGGGAGCUACGUCUGUGGCUUUGUGUACUACACAUCCCUCGAGUAUUUCGAAAGAAGAAGUCAUGGAGAGCGGCCUGUACUGUUCUUACAUGUACCGCCGUUAGAAGGAGAAGAAGAGGUCGACAAAGGUAAGGAGGUCUUUCUUGCUCUGAUCCGAGCAAUUGUAGAGUCUCGGAGCGGUUGA